AUGGCACUGGCGCCAGAUUACAUGGCUUAGCAUACAGGGGGUGUGGUGGAAAUGGGGAUUCGUGGAAAUUAUGCUUGUUAACCGUUUUUGGGAGAUGAAUUUCUGAUAUUCUGUUGCCAUGGCAACACCAAGUCGCGAUGCAGUGAAAAUGGUCUUGUCACAAAAUACUGAGCAACUUCGGAGCGAUGCCAACGUCACCGAAGUAGAGUACAUCAGCAGUGCCAUUGACUAUGAAGAGUUCUUCGCAAGGUUCCUAAUCCCAAACAGGCCUUGCGUGUUUGGUCCUCACGUCACAAGAGAAUGGAGAGCAGUUAAUGAGUGGGUGACGGAAAACGGGAGGCCAAAUUUUGACUCCCUCGCGAGUAAAUUUGGGCAUGCAGUUGUGCCAGUCGCUGACUGUAAGAGGGUGGAGUACUCAGCGCAGCCGAAGACAGACAUGCUCUUUGCUCGGUACCUCCGAUACUGGGAGCAAUUGAGCAAAGAUGUCGAUGAGAAAGAUCAAAGUUGUCUUUAUUUGAAGGACUGGCACUUUAACAAACUUUUUCCAGAUUACAAGGCGUACGAGACGCCCGUCUUUUUCACCUCCGACUGGAUGAAUGAGUAUUGGGACAAAAAGUCAGACCAAACGUCAGACGACUACCGCUUUGUGUACAUGGGCCCAAAGGGUUCAUGGACACCUUUCCACGCUGAUGUUUUCCGCUCGUACUCAUGGUCAGCUAACGUCUGUGGCCGCAAAAGUUGGCUCCUCUUCCCCCCAGGCCAAGAAAACCACCUCCGCGAUACCUUGGGAAACCUUGCAUACGACAUCACAUCACCCGAGCUACGUGCCAAAAAAUAUCCUAAUUACCAUAAAGCUUGUAAACCCUUUGAGGUCAUUCAAGGGCCUGGGCAAGUCAUCUUUGUACCCAGUGGGUGGCACCACCAAGUUUUUAACAUUGAGGACACUAUUUCCAUCAACCACAAUUGGCUGAAUGGAUGCAAUGUGGACAUCACCUGGGCAUUCCUGCAACAGGAACUGGCAUUGGUCAAGAAAUCUAUCAGCGACUGCAGAGACAUGGAGGGAUGGGACGAGCAAUGCCAGAUGAUAAUGAAAGCUAACACGGGUAUCGAUUAUCCAGAAUUCCUUCAGUUGCUAUGGACAGUGGCUGAGCCCCGUCUCGCCCAAGUGCGGACUUACAACGACACCCGAGGAAAAUCCUCCAACAGCCAUACCAAUGAGCCUGAAGAACCUCAGGAUUGUACAGAAAGUUCCGAGAAACUUUGCGGUCAUAGUACAACUGUCGAACCAGAAAUUUUUGACGGAACUAUCGGAACUACAAUCAGUGGGGAAAUCUUGAAACCAUCUGAACUUGAGAAUUCCACAAGAACAAUAGACACUAUGGCAAAGGAACUCAAUUCUUCCCACAAUGCACCUGAUGUAAGAACUGUUCAAUCAAUCGCUGAACCGGCUGCACCAACUUUGACUGACUUAGAUCCUGUUGCGUGCACAGAUAGCGUGAAUCAAAUUCAGCAUUUAUCACUUUGUUCAAAAGAGGAUAACGGAAAACCCUCAAGCGUGGUCUGUGUGGUCCAAAAUUCAGCAAGUCGGAUCCACUUUUUGGGAAAGUUCAACGUUUGGCACUCGAUAUUUGACAUGUGUCGCAUCAGAGAUAUAUUGGCGUUACUGUUGGAAGAUGAAGAUUUUUGCCACAUAGAAUUUGCGACUUUGUGUAAAGAUCCACAACAGCUUAUGAAAGAAAUUGUAUCCGCAACAGAGGGUUUAGUGUAACCCAUUUAGCAACUUUAAGUAAUACAUUGCGUUUGUUCACAGAUGACUCUAUAAGACCACAGAGCACUUGGGCAGUUUCUGGGGCUACAGGGAGUGAAAGGCAGGGCGUUUUUGGGGCAGUGAUUUAAAGGGCUAAAGAGCCUCCCAAAACUUGAAGUAUUUUUGUAAUGUUAUUUUAGAUUGUUAGUUCUGCAGUACAAAUAAUGGUCUGUGCAGUCUAUUUUUUUAGUAAUAUUUCCUAUUAAAAAAAAAUGUAUUGAAUUUGAAGAUAUUUUCGAACUCCUAAAUUUUAUGUUGUUAUUUUUUUUAUCAUAUCAGAACUGUUAAAUAAGAAAGUGCAAUAGAAAUUAAUUAGUGUUUUUUUCAUGUUCAAUUAUUCAUCAUACAUUUUUUCCAGGGAAAAAUUGGAAUGAUUAAACAAGAAAUUAAACAUUAUAUUUUGUUCCA